CCACGCGCUAGUCAGUCAGGCACCGCAGCUCUAGUCUCUCGCUCACUGAACGACACUCACGCCAGGGGCCCCACGUGUCUCUCUUGAAUGUCGCCUUCGCGAUGGUCGUUCGCGGUAACCGAAGCCCGUACUUCCUCGCGAGCGUCGAAAAUACUGCCCAAAUCACGUUCCACGCGACGAUUCGUUGCCUCCAUCUCGUCCUAGCCUGCUCCUUCGGCUCGGAUAUCCGUUUCCCUGCCAUGCAUGCUCUCUAGACUAGAAAAACCGAAGCUCCAUACGCGGCGUCCUCGGGAUUCCGCUCGCGAAACGUGGUCGUUUAUUUCGUCGUCGUCCAUUUCGCGACGAACUACCGCAUCGCAGGGACGCACCAGCAACCGUCGCCACGAUGGGUGAAUUCUCGUUUCGGACCUCCGCUAAACCCCUUCCGAAACCGGGUGAAUUCUGGGUGAUUCCUCCUGCGCUCCUCCAGCUCUCUGGGUUUGAAUUCCUCCAGUCUCCGAAAUCUCUUUCUAGCACACGAGAUUUGGAAACCCUUCUAAACGUCAAGUUAGCAACAUCUGGCGAAUUGAUUUGGAAGGUAGCAACAACGCACGAUGCAGCGGCGGCUGCGGCCUCGGAAGCACUCGCAGGAGAAGAGGCAGAGCGAGCGACGGAACUCAACACGCAGGGGCAGGGAGGAGUGGGAGGAUGAGCCGAUCGAGUAUGCUGAUGCUGAUGCUGAUGCUGAUGCUGAUGCUGGAAAUGACUUCCGUGCCUCUCAGCCCAAAGUACCUAAGCCGGUGCAUUCCACGGCCCUGAUGUUCGUUCAUAAUUCGAUUCGGCAGGUGGAAACGCUUUUGAACGUGAAAGCUCUGCUGGUGCGCGAGAGGACGGAUGGGGACGAGGCGAGUGGGCCGCAGGAGCGGCAAGAGGGGGGAGCGCAAGGUGAUGACGAAGCAGCAGGCGAUAAGGAGCAGGGAAAGGGUGAGGAUGCCCCCCUGUCCCCUGCAGCAAGAAUGGGGGAAUUGCUGGCGAAGCGGGGGAAGAAAGAGGUCGAGACGGCGCUGCGAGAGGGUGGGGGUGUAAGCCGUGCAGCAGGAAGCGGGGAGAGGGGGCAAGAGGGAGCCGUGCUGGCGAAGCGGGAGAGGAAAGAGUUGGAGGCCGUGUGGCGAAGGAGGAGGGUGGCAGCAGCGCAUGGGCCCCUGCUGAGGUCGAAUCUGAAUGACCUCAUCUCCUGGUGGGAGAGGAAGGUCGACGGGCGGCUGGGCCCGCACGAACCCGACCCAUUCCAGGGGAAGGUUGCCAAGGGGCUGGGCCUGCAGGAGCCGGACCCUUUCCAGAGGAAGGUUGCCAAGAGGCUGGCCCCGCACGAGUGCGACCCUUUCCAGAGGAAGGAGGAGGAGGAGAAGGCGGCAAAGGAGGUGCUGUUUACAACAGUGCUGGCAGUGGUGCGGCUGCUGCCGGCCUUUUCAAAGGUGCUGCUGGGUUUGGAGGGUUUGUGUGACGCUGGGUGUGAGGUGUGUGGGAGGGAGGAUGUGGAUCUGAAUCUGGUGGAAAGGGUGGUGGGUUGCUACCCUCCUUGUGUGGAGCGUAGGGGCAAGGGCAAGGUUACGCUGCCUAGCGUGCCUCGGGUUAAGGGAGGAAAGGAGGAUGGAGCUAGGUCGGAUGGACCUAUUGGGUUCACAGGGGGGAUGGCUGGUGAAUUAAGAGAGGCUGGAGCAAGGGGUGGGUUGUUGGGAGCGAUAGGUGGUGGUGGGAAAGAGGUGGCGUUACCACGAGGCGAGGUGGCAGGGGUGGCAGGAGCGGUGGGUGGGGAAGUAGAGGUAGGUGGGGAAGCGGGAGAGGAAACCGGGCUGGCAGGAGAGAAAACUGGGGUGGCAGGAGAGACAACUGGGGUGGCAGGAGAGACAAAUGGGGUGGCAGGAGAGACAACUGGGGUGGCAGGAGAGACAACUGGGGUGGCAGGAGAGACAACUGGGGUGGCAGGAGAGACAACUGGGGUGGCAGGAGAGCAGAGAGAGGUAGCAGGGGUGGAAGGAGGGGUGGGUGAGGGAGGAGGCUCCUUGGGUGGGUCUCUUGGUGGGGCAGCCGGGGUGAUGGGAGGGACUUUUCGCGGGGCCUCUGCUGCUGCUGCUGCUGCUGCUGCUGCUGCUGCUGCUGGUGCUGCUGCUGCUGCUGCUGCUGCUGCUGCUGCUGCUGCUGCUGCUGCUGCUGGUGCUGGUGCUGCUGCUGCUGCUGCUGCUGCUGCUGCUGCUGCUGCUGGUGGCGCUGCUGCUGGUUCUUCUGGUGGUGCUGCUGGUGGGGUGUCUGCGCAAGCAGUAGACUUGGCUGGGGCGACAGGAGAAGAAAUGGCUGGGGUGACUUCUGAGUUGAUCCAAAUGUCAUCCGGCAGGGUGUCUGGUGGGUUCUCCAGUGCGGUGUCUGGGCCUGCAGUUGACAUGCCUGGAGCAGCACGAGGGACAGCUGGGCCUGCAGUUGACAUGCCUGAAGCAGCACGAGGGACAGCUGGGCCUGCAGUUGACAUGCCUGGAGCGGCACGAGGGACAGCUGGGCCUGCAGUUGACAUGCCUGAAGCGGCACGAGGGACAGCUGGGCCUGCAGUUGACAUGCCUGAAGCGGCACGAGGGACAGCUGGGCCUGCAGUUGACAUGCCUGAAGCGGCACGAGGGACAGCUGGGCCUGCAGUUGACAUGCCUGGAGCGGCACGAGGGACAGCUGGGCCUGCAGUUGACAUGCCUGAAGCAGCACGAGGGACGGCUGGGCCAGCAGAAGAGAUGGCAGGGGCGACAGGAGGGGAAGCGGCUGGGGCGACUUUAAAGUCGAUGCAAAAGUCAUCCGGUGGGGUGUCUCAGCCAGCAGUAGACAUGCCUUGUACGGCACGAGGAUUGGAUGGGAGAUCAGAAUGGGGUGGGACGGCAGGAGGGACGGCAGGAAGGGAGAUGGCUGGAGUGGUGAAGGAAGAAUAUAUCGAGGAGAGUGGCGAUGAGGGGAGGUGGGUUGGGGAAGUGGGUGAUCAGAUGCCACCGCGUGUGAUAGGAGGUGCGACGAUAGACGAGGGGGGUCGUGUGGGGGGGAGAAGAUCUGCUAUUGAUCGCGGGACGAGGGUUGGGGCAGUUGGAUUUCAGAUGCCACUGCGUGCGGUGGGAGGUACGACGAUAGACGAGGGGGGUCGUGUGGGGGCAAGAGGGUCGGUUAUGGAUGGGGGGAAGAGAAAGAGAGGCGGAGAGGAACGAGAAGGCGAGGAAAGGAGAGGAAGUGAAGUAGCAGGGGAAGGGAGAAGGAAUUAUGUGGGUAAGGGGAUUCUACCUCAAGGGAGGGGCAGUGAUGGCACGGGGGAAUCUGCUAAAGGGAGGAAUGGUGCUGGCACGGGGAACGUGGGGGUGAGAAGGGAGACUAGGGAUACGGUGCUAGUUCCGCAUACUGUGUAUGUCAUCUACAAGAAGAGUGAGGUUGACAAGAUGCGACAGCAGCGCCAGCAGUGGGAGCAGCAGCAGCAGCGGCGACUACAGCAGAGGCAGCAGCGACAGCAGCAGCAGCAGCAGCAGCAGCAGCACGGACAGCAGAGGCAGCAUCAGCAGCAAGGGCAGCAGGGGCAGGAGCAGCAGGAGCAACAACAACUGCAGCAGCAGCAGCAGCAGCAGCGACAGCAACAGCAGCAACAACUGCAGCAGCAGCAGCAGCAGCGACAGCAACAGCAGCAACAACUGCAGCAGCAGCAACAGUUGCAGCAGCAGCAACAACUGCAGCAGCAGCAGCAACAGCAGCAGCAACAACAGAUGACUGAAGGCAUAGAGGAUGGAGGUAGAAGAGGAGGCUUGGGGCCUUCGGUAGCUGGGAGUGGCGGAGAGGUGGUGGAGGGUAGGAGGGCCAUGCGUGGUACUAUAGGGAGGGACAGGAGUGGUAGUGUGAUAGUAGAGGAGGCUGGUGUGGGUGUUAAGGACGCUACUAUGGCAAUAAAGAAGAAGGCUGGUGGUGGUAGUAUUGGCGGCGGUGGUGGUGGUGGCAGUAUUGGUGAUGGUGCUGCUGCUACUGCUGCCGCUGCUGCUGACAUUAUGGGUGCUGGUGCCAGUGGUGGUGGCGGCAGCAGCAGUGGUAAAGGUGGAGGAGGAGGAGAGGGAGGGAGAGGAGGGGGGGGGAGGAGGGAAGGAGGAGGGGAAGGGAGCAGCGGAGAAAAGGAGGGCUGGAGGCUGGUGAAAGGAGCAGCAUGUCAGCUGGAAGAGUCAAGCAGACAGGUGGAAGGGGCAAGCAGGCAUGUGGAAGGGGCAGGAUGUCAGGUGGAGCUGGGUGAGAGAGGCAGCAAGGGAGGAAAAGAGCCUACAAGAGCGGAGGUGGUUGUAGAGGGGCCUUUGCACUCUGGGCUACCAGGGGAGAAGAGGGCUUUACAUAGUCGCACAGACAAAGGCGGGAUGCAGAAGAAGAGGCGGAUUGAGGAGUGAGGAGAGGCUCUUACAGGCAGCAAGAGAUCUCCCAGGUGUGUCUGUGCUACAGCUCGUUUUGAGACGACUCAAGACUUACCUACUUGGACACGGAGGGAUGCAGAAGAAGAGGCGAAUGGAGAAAUGAAGGAGGGCCAGCAAGUGAUCUCCCAGGUGGUUCUGUUGGGAUUGGUUGGGAUGGGAUAUUCAAUGAUUGUUGUCACGGUACGUGUACAUAGUUCGACAGUUGAAUGUUUGUUCAACUGAGUUCUCACUGGGAGUCGCACACUACAGCACUACAAAUCUUCCUCUUGCUAGACCACUGUUGCUUUGUGCGGGUAACAUUGUUUCAAUGGGU